UGUAUUUGUUUCUUUUAUUCUGAAAGGUUUAUUGCAUUUCUUCGCAUUUCUAAACAUUCGCACUUUAUAUCCAUUUGCCACUUCUUUUUUCUAUUAUUUUACGAAAUUACCCCUCGCAAUUUGACGACAUACACAUACACAAAUAGGUUGAUAAUGACGCGAGCGCUGGAGGCCAAAGUUGCCAUUUUAGGAAAGCAAGCUGUUGGAAAGACAUCACUGGUGACCAGGUACGUGCACCAGACAUUUGCUGAUCGCACGCCGUCGACAAUCGGCGCAUCGUUUGUGACCACAAAGAUUGAGCUUGACGGGUGGGAGUGCCGACUGCAGCUCUGGGACAGUGCCGGGCAAGAGCGCUUUCGGGCAAUGACGCAGAUGUACUACCGCGGGGCCAACGCAGUAAUUCUGGUGUACGAUAUUACUAGCGAAGACAGCUUUAGAGAUGUUGACACGUGGGUACAAGGUAUGGUUGGAGACUUUUUAGUGGUUUUUGUUGUUGAAAUUCGCAUAUCAUAUUUUUUCCGCAGCAAUGUCGGCUUGUUAUUUUUGCUAAUUUUCCGCAGAUAAAACACGCUGUUGCAUUUAUCGAUCAAUUGUGACGUUUGUAGAGCUCAAGAAGAAGUCGAUAUGGAGCAGACCGUUCUAUUUUUGGUCGGCAAUAAGCUGGACC